AGCAGGUUUUCAGUGACACACACACACACACACACUUGCGCGCCUGCUGUUCUAAAAUUAUGGAGUUUGAAACUAAAGUUUACCCUCACAUUGGAGGAUACGGACACUACAACCGACUCGUUGCAGUUUUCAGCUGGUUCCCGCACUUCGCCGUGGCUUUGAAUCUUUUCUGUGAUAUUUUCUUCACGCUCGUACCGGAGUCGUACCACUGCCGAGUGGACCCGGAGUUACUGCCCUCCUCCUUCCUCCUCAGCAACUUCUCCAGGCAGACCUACCUCAGCCUCACUGUCCCAUGGCUGAACGGAUCUGGACUGAGCCACUGUGAGCUUUACAAGUACCCGAGGAACUGGACUAACUCCACAGAGAGGGAGCUGGUGCCCUGUACAAGGGGCUGGCUGUACGGGAAAGCCGCUGGACUUCAGAGCAACUUCGUCACUGAGUGGAACUUGGUUUGCAAAGAUUACUGGAAGAUUCCUCUGCAGCACAUCAGCUUCAUGACCGGCUGGAUCCUGGGCUACGUGCUGCUCGGCACUCUGUGUGACUGGUUAGGUCGGCGUCGGUCUCUGCUGAUCUCCGUAUCUUUCUCAGGCCUGCUCGGAGUCGCAGUGUGUUUCUCCAACAGCGCUGAGGUAUUUCAGCUGCUCCGUCUCGGCCAAGGAACCGCACUCGCUGGUGUCUUCCUCUCCUCCUAUAUUGCCCGUCUGGAGGUGUGUGAUCCCCCUCACAGGCUCAUGGUGUCCAUGGUGAGUGGUUUCUUCUCUGUGUUUGCCGAGCUCGUGCUCCCGGGCCUGGCUGUGCUCUGUGGUGAAUGGCCUGUACUGCAGGCUGUGGCUACGGUGCCUCUACUGCUGCUGCUCUCUUACUGGUGCUGGCCCUCUGUGUUUCCCGAGUCUCCCCGCUGGCUUCUGGCCACAUCUCAGAUUCCUCAGGCCAAGAGAUGCCUACAGCUGUUCACCACCCGAAACAGAGCGUGUAGGAGAGAUGAGAUCUACCCUGCAGAGACUCUUCUGACAGAGAUUGACGUGGCUUUCCCAGAAGACCCCCAGCCAAAGUACCACCACAUCUUUGAACUCCGUCACACCAGAGUUAUCUGGAGGAACUGUCUCAUCCUGGCCUUUACCCUUUUCUUGGGCACAGGGAUCCAGUACUGUUUCACCAGGAACCUCCACAGCUACUCCCCUCACUUCUACUUUAGUUACUUCCUGCGUGCUGUGACGGGCGCCGUGGCCUGCGGCUUCCUGUGCGUGUCUGUUGACCGUGUGGGCCGGAGAGGAAUCUUGCUGCUCGCUGCAAUCGUCACCGGCCUGUCCUCACUGCUAUUGUUGGCUCUCACACAAUACCUGCAUGGAGGGCUGGUGUUGGUGCUGUCAGUCGUGGGGCUUCUCUCCUCUCAGGCUCUGGCUCUGCUCAGUGUGUUCUUCGCCAGUGAAGUUAUGCCUACUGUCAUGCGGGGUGGAACUCUGGGUCUAGUGAUGGCUGCUGGCAGCGUGGGCACAGCCGCCUCAUCACUGAUGGAGCUGCAGAACAACGGCGGUUACUUCCUGCACCACGUGGUGUUCGCCUCUUUCGCUGUGCUGUCUGUGCUCUGCAUCAUGCUGCUGCCCGAGAGCAAGCGCAAGGCCCUGGCCGACUCUCUGAGAGACGGAGAGAGCCUGCGCCGGCCUCCUCUCUUCCUCUCCAAGAGAGAGAGAGAUGAUCUCCCGCUGCUCUGCAGCCACCAUCCACCACCUCAGUACAACCCGGAGAACUACUCGCGCCUGCUCAGUGCCACCAGGAAGAUGCUCACCCAGGACACUGUGCCUUACAGGGUGGCAGUGACAUCUCAGCCACCGCUGCUAAGUAAUGGCGCUUCACAGUGUGGUCAUGAUGACUCAUCAUAGCAGUGGGUUAUCAUUAGUGAUUUUACAUUAAUUUUAUCUUUUAUAAUACAGCUACUGUUUCAUGCCACUCUCCAUCUGUCCAGUAGGUGGAGCUGCUUAUGGCCAGGAUAAACCUGAGAUUUGAGAUUGGUGUGUGAAGUUGCAUGUUGAUACUACUAAUGCUUUUAAUAUAGUGAAGUCCAGCUUGAACAUGUUAUACCAUAAGUUUUAACAGAAAAAAAGAGAGAGCAAGCUUGCUUCUUGUUUCCAGUUAAUACCGUCCACAUCCAUGUUUGCUCUCUGACCAGUAUUUAUGCACAAACCUAUAGGUAGGACUGUAGUACUGUACAACUACUGGCAUCCUGGAAUGUCUUCCCACGUUAAUACUGAUUCAUUUCUCUCAGUACUCAUAGUAUUAAGUGUCUAGUAAGAGCAUUAUCCUGGUCAGGGCUGUGGUGGAUCCAGAGCAUGUUGCUGGAACAGUGGCUGAAUAUCUGUGUUUACCGGACUGCUGUUUUUUUUUUUUGGGUUCUUUCCAAGGACAAAGCUAAAUUCCUCCAUAUGCUCCAUGUAGAGUCAAUCCCAUGAGCCAUCAUACAUUCUUUAUAUAUUUUCACUGUAAGGGAGUACUUUUUUUUUUUACUCGGUCUGAAUGUGUCCAGUGGUGUUAAGCUAAGGAUCACAUGAGAGCUGCUUCUCAUUCACUUAGCUGGUCUCAUGCCACUUAUUAAACCUACCUUGUGACCUCGUCCUUCUGGGACUAUAUUAUUUAAUUGAACUGACCUCACUGAAAGGUGCUGACUUGGUUUUAUUCUCUGUUCAUGUCCUCUCUUAUCUGUAUUUCUGCCCUCUUGCUGUGGUCUGAUGUGCACUAAAUGAAGUGGGUUAGUGUUAGUGGUAUAACUCGUGUAAAUCAGUGGUCACUUUGAUAAAUGUAUGCUGCUAACCGUGGCAUCAUGGGAUAUCUGCAGUUCUGCAGUAACAGACUUCAGCUUAAUAAGUGAGAAUGAUGAUCUCAGAUCUAAGUGAAAUUCAGUGCUUCAGUUUGUCUUCAUUGUGCACAAACACAGACUCCAUUUAUUCUCUAUCCAAAGUGUGAAAAAAAAAAUCACAUGUGGUUCCCAUGCUACACCAGUCCAUACUGCAUCUGAUUUGGAUUGAUGAUUAU